AUGGUUCCAAAGACUACCGCAGAGUCGGAUGAGAUCACCGGCCAGAGCGCACUUCCCAUCUCUCGAGUCAAGAAGAUCAUUCAAUUGGACGAGGAUAUUGUACAAUGUUCGAAUAACGCAACCUUCGUCAUCGCCAUGGCUACUGAAAUGUUUAUCAAAUACCUUGCCGAACAAGGACACAAUGUGGUCAAGGCCGAGCGAAAACCUCGCAAGACUGUCCAAUACAAAGAUCUCGCUUCCGCGGUGUCACACACUGACAAUCUCGAGUUCCUCUCCGACGUGAUUCCCAAGACUACAACCUACAGACAGUUCAAGGAAAAGAAGGCGAAGGAUGCCGCGGACCAAGGCGUCAUGGAGAAGGGCCAGCGUACCCUUAAUGGAGCCGUUGCACCUCCAGCACCAGCCAAUGGAACCAAUAUGGGAGAUGUCACACCUCAAAGAGAUGCAUCAAAUACAACAUCUCCUUCGGUUUCUCGGCCGAUGGUUCCUGUCAGCGCUUUGAUUGCAGACCGAACAGUGGAACCUAUGGCCAACCAUGACCAAGACCGUGAUGUGCAGAUGCAGGAUUGA